AUGGAUGAAUCAGCUUUGCUGGAUCUGUUGGAGUGUCCUGUUUGCUUAGAACGCCUUGAUGCUUCUGCAAAAGUCUUGCCUUGCCAGCACACAUUCUGUAAACGCUGUCUGCUGGGCAUUGUGAGCUCUCGAAAUGAGCUUCGAUGCCCAGAGUGCAGGACUUUAGUGGACUGCAGUGUUGACGAACUUCCCAGUAAUAUUUUGCUUGUUAGACUACUGGACGGCAUCAAACAGAGGCCUCGAAAACCCGGUGCUGGUGGUGGGACUGGUAGCACAAAUGCUUUAAGGGUCCCUAUCAAUACUGUAGCUAAUUGCGGAUCAAAGGACCUGCAGAGCUCUCAAGUUGGACAGCAGCAAAGGGUGCAAGCACGGAGCCCCCCAGUUAGGGGUGUACCUCAGUUACCAUGUGCCAAAGCAUUGUAUAACUACGAGGGAAAAGAACCUGGAGAUCUUAAAUUCAGUAAAGGAGACAUCAUCAUUUUGCGUCGACAGGUGGAUGAAAAUUGGUAUCAUGGAGAAGUCAAUGGCAUCCAUGGCUUUUUUCCGACCAAUUUUGUUCAGAUUAUUAAACCUUUACCUCAACCUCCGCCUCAGUGCAAAGCACUUUAUGACUUUGAAGUAAAAGACAAGGAAGCAGAUAAAGACUGUUUACCAUUUGCGAAGGAUGAUGUUCUGACUGUAAUUCGCCGCGUGGAUGAAAACUGGGCAGAAGGAAUGCUGGCUGACAAAAUAGGAAUAUUUCCAAUUUCAUAUGUUGAGUUUAACACAGCAGCCAAACAGCUGAUAGAAUUGGAUAAGCCCUCAGGUUCUGCUCUUGACUCUGGAGAGGGUACCUCUGGGGCAGCCCACAACAAUUCAACCCAAAAGCACACCGAUGCUAAGAAAAACACCAAAAAACGGCACUCUUUUACCUCCCUCACUAUGUCCAACAAGUCUUCACAGUCUUCUCAGAAUCGCCACUCAAUGGAAAUUAGUCCUCCUGUCCUCAUCAGCUCCAGCAACCCAACCGCAGCAGCCCGCAUAAGUGAGCUGACGGGACUUUCCUGUAGUGCCCCUUCUCAGGUUCAUAUCGGUACUACAGGGCUAAUUGUGACUCCACCCCCUAGCAGCCCAGUCACAACAGGGCCUUCAUUUACCUUCCCAUCAGAAGUUACCUACCAAGCUGCUCUCGGUAAUAUGAAUCCCCCACUUCCGCCACCACCUCUCUUGUCUGCUGCAAUCGUUGCAUCGGCCUCUUCUGGACCUCAGUCUGCAGGUGUAAUACAAAGGCCUACAUCAGGAUCAACUGACCAAAUGGCACAUUUACGACCACAAACUCGUCCAAGUGUGUAUAUUGCUAUAUACCCUUACACUCCUCGAAAAGAAGAUGAACUGGAACUGCGGAAGGGAGAAAUGUUCUUAGUGUUUGAACGUUGUCAAGAUGGCUGGUUCAAGGGAACUUCCAUGCAUACAAGCAAGAUUGGUGUUUUUCCUGGAAAUUAUGUGGCUCCGGUUACCAGGACAGUGACAAGUGCAUCACAAACAAAAGUUCCUGUGUCUACUGCUGGCCAAACGGGACGAGUGGUAACUAUGGUCAGCCCUUCCACUGCUAGUGGAACAUCUCAGAAGCUCCAGGGGAAUGGUGUGGCAGUGAGCUCCAGCACAGUACCCACAGCUGUGGUUUCUGCAGCGCAUAUCCAAACUAGUCCACAAACCAAGGUCCUUAUGCAUGUGACAGGACAAAUGACAGUCAACCAGGCUCGCAAUGCAGUUAGAACAGUUGCUGCACACAGUCAAGAAAGACCUACGGCAGCAGUCACACCCAUACAAGCACAGAGUCCAACAUGCCUUGUUCCUGCAGCUGUGAUCAUUCCCCACCACUCUGUUGCCUCCCAGCAGCUCCAGCCCCAGCUUCCAAAUACUGCUGCUUACGUCACGGCUGUGAAUGUGAACCGCUCAACCAUCCCACUGGCAUGUGCAGCAGCUUCUUUGAAUUCUCCCAACAUUGCUGCUUCAUCUUUGGAGGGAGAUAUUAAUGGGAGAACUGUAAACACUCACCCUGGAGCUCCUGCAUCUCCAGAGAGUGCUUUAGCAGCUGGUGGAAAUACUGCUGUCAAUAAAGCAGACAAGGAUGGCAAGAAAGAAAAAAAAGGUUUGCUGAAACUGCUUUCUGGAGCAUCCACGAAACGCAAGCCCCGAUUGUCGCCUCCAGCAUCACCAACACUGGAGGCUGAGCAAGCAGCCGCAGAGUUAGCCCUGCAAGGUGCAGUUGGGCCAGAGCUUCCGUCAGCAGGCAGUCACAGCAAAGCUGGAUCCUGUCCCACUGACAGCGAGGUCUCUGGGCUGGCACAGGAGACACUGCAUCGGAAAACAAGUUCCCUGGAUUCCUCUAUUCCAGUAGCACCACCACCUCGGCAGCCUUGCUCAUCCCUGGGUCCGGUCCUGAAUGAAUCCAGGCCUCUUGUCUGUGAAAGGUACAGGGUUGUGGUGUCCUAUCCUCCUCAGAGUGAAGCAGAACUUGAACUUAAGGAAGGUGACAUUGUUUUUGUACACAAAAAACGUGAGGAUGGCUGGUUCAAAGGCACUCUGCAACGAAAUGGAAAAACUGGCCUGUUCCCCGGCAGCUUUGUAGAGAACAUUUGAGAAGAUUCAUUCCAAGAGCUUCAAAUCAUACUGUACUGUAAAAUAGCACAAAUAUUUUACCAGAAAAAGCACAGUCAUGAAAUAUUUUCAAAUGACUGCAAUGGAAACAAAAGUCUACAUAUUUUUACAGUGUCUAUAGCACAAUUACACCAGCGAACAAAGAAGAUGAAGGCAUCUGCUGGUUUUAUCACUUUGGAUUCUUAAGUGUGAUGUGUGCCUUGUACUGUCUGAUUUAUUAUAUAGAGGAACUUUUUUUCCCCAAGUAUGUUACAUAAAUGAACAAUUGUUUACAAGGCUGUAACUAAUUUAUUCUUGUUUUUUUAAACUUGAAUUUUGUGUAAUAGCUAAAAUUCUUGUGACUAUGAUUUUAACAAAUUAUUAAUUUAUGAAAGAAUAACUAAGGGGAAGCUGGAUUCUCUCCUUAUGAGCAAGCAAUUAUAUCUGAUAUAGAGCCUCCCAUUUAUCCUCUGGACAUUUUUCCCCUGCUGUGUCUGACAGUGGAGUAAGUCUCUGUUUUAUGAGUUAAUGUUGAGUGGUGGUGAUGUGGCGUCAAAUAGAAUUUGCCAAGUGGGGAAAAAAUGUAUAUUUUGUUCUUUGGACAGAGAAAAAAAAAAAGUCAGUGGUGUUCUUGAGUCUAGUUCUACUUCUUCAUAAAUCACCCAAGUAGAGUAAUGUUUCCAGGAGGCAAAGAUGUAUGUGAACAACUGAAUAAAAUUCAACCAUCUCAAGGUUAGGAUCAUCUCAAGGUUAGGAAGAAAUUUAGGAGUGCCAAGAAGAAAUUCCCUAUACCUUCUGUUUAUGUAAUAACUUGGCUAUUUGAACAAAGCUUAGCUUUGUAUAUUUGGCCAGCUCUUUGGGCAUUUAGCGCUCAGGAUCCAACAAAAUUGGAAGGAAUGUUAAAGCCCAACACUUAGAAUGAUUAUAUCUUGAAAACAUCUGUUUGAUAAGACUGAAUCUAAAAAUAAAAUUAUAAGUUGUACUUAAUGUCUAAAAAUGCCUAAGAAGUGUAAUUUGCUAUGUUUUCUUCUCAAACUGAUCUGCAUGGCCAAAAGAUGUUUUAA